AUGGCGCCGCCAAACACAUCUGCCGAUUCAUCGGCAUCAUCCAGUUCUGCGAAAGCCGAGUCCUCGUCGCGCCCUUCCCAGCCGAAAACGCCGCGCUCUCUAGCAGACCCCAUCGCGCGCACAGCUCUCCGAUAUUCCAUGUCCGCACGCGAAUAUGCCACCCUGCACAAAUACGUGAUCUCAAGGUCAAGGCUGCUCAAGCGAGCAGCGCCCUCCGUCAGCACCGUCGAGAAGAUCAUCGACGGAAACCGUGCACACCUGGCGAGGAAAGAGUCGAGAGAAGGCAGGGCGGGGGCUGCCGGCGACGAUUACAAUGUUCGUGCCGUUCGGCAUGCUAUUCGCGUGUUCCUCGCGACCGGUUCGCUUAUGAAGCUCUACACCAUCGUCUCGCGCAAGCUUUCACGAACCGAUAAGGAUGUACAAACGACGAAGAAGCAGCCUUUCCACAAGUCCGACACCUUUAGGCUGUCUCUCUCGCUUUCCACCAUCCUCCUACUCUACCGAUUGCUCUUCAGAUUCUUCACUCGUUUCCGAGCUCACCUACUAGACCCGACCGCAGCACCCUUUAGGGCACGAAAUCCCCGUACAGCAGCGACUCUCACGUCCCCUUACGCGCCUGCCAUCGGCGCAUCGCUUGCCGGACUGAUGCUUGGCAUCUAUCCGGCCAAGCAGCUCCGUGUAUCCAUUGCGUUGUUUGCCAUCUUCCGCGCUCUAGAAUUUAGCUGGAACAUGUGUGAAGAGGAAGGUCUGAUCUGGGGAUUGAAGCCCGGAGGCAAAGGCAAGAGAGAGCGGCCUUGGUGGUUCGGCAGUUGGAUGCUUCAGCCCUUCGCCUUCGGUCAGCUGCUGCAUGCAGUCGUCUUUGACCGAGAUUGCUUCCCAAUGCCCUUCGGCAACUUCAUCUUUGGAAACUCGUCGACAUAUCUCCACGGCCGGCCGAAGGAAUACCCUGCGCACAUCAAGUGGCCCGGUACUUAUAACAUUGUCGACAGCCUCGCCGAAAUGGCGAAACUGAAUUGGCCACCUUUCACAUCUCCCAUCCUCUUCCCUGACAAGGAAACCCUGCCAUCCACCCUCUCCGCUGUGGCACCGCUAACCUCCACCGCGCACCCCCUCAUCACCUCCCUCUCCUGCGCUACCCUCCACCCCAGCGACCCCUCCUGCCUCCGCACCUACCUAACCUUCUGGCUGCGCUCCUUCCCCCCUCUCGCGCGCUUCUUCCUCAUCUUCUACUCCGCCCUCACCCUCCCGCGCCUCCGCCUUCUCUACCACAACCCCGUCGCAACCCUUAACCGCCUGCUCGCCCGCGCCCUCCGCUCCUCCACCUUCAUCACGGGCUCUAUCUCCACCGCCUGGGCCUCGAUCUGCGUCUUCCAGACCUGGUUCCCCAAGUCCUUCCUCGCCACCCAGCGCUUCUUCAUCGGCGGCUUCCUCGCCGGUCUCUGGGCGUGGGUUGAGCGCCGCUCCUGUCGCGGUGCCUUCCUCUACACGACUAAGGCCAGCGUCGACAGCCUGUGGAAGGUUGGCGUCAAGAGGCGUUGGUGGAGGGGUAUGAAGGGCGGUGAUGUCUGGGUGUUCGUCCUGGCUCUCAUGGCGACUGGUGUCGUGUACGAGAGGGAUCGCAAGGCCAUCAAGGAGGCGAACUGGAGGAAGGGUGUCUCGUGGGUCAGGGGCGAGGGGUUCAGAGACUGGAGCGUGGAGGAGGACGAGCUCGUCGAGGAGGAGGAUAGCGCUUAG